AAGAGAGAGUCCACAUGGCUCUGCUCUGACAGCAAUGCGGUUCGGGCCACUUUGCUGUGGAGUUGUCCUGGUCAGCCUGCUGUACACGCGCCAGUGUCCGGUUCAGCCCGCGCUCUGUCUGUCUGUGAACGCCCGUGGUCAUUUCAGUCUGGUUCAGUCCGCUCUCGCCUCAUUCAUGCAUGUCAGGUUUUCUCCACUGUAUCGCUGAAUCCAGGCCGCUGUAGGUGCUCAAUUACGCCGCUGUCGGGGAUGUUUCCAUUUCCAUUCUGAUCCGGACGCACUACUCACACACGCUCAAACACACACCAUGGGUCUGGGACAGUCCAGCAGGUCCUCCGUCAGCGAGGACACCGAGGAGGUCAACUUUGACCACUUCCAGAUCCUGAGAGCGAUCGGAAAGGGCAGCUUUGGAAAGGUAUGCAUUGUGCAAAAGAAGGACACGAAGAAGAUGUACGCCAUGAAGUACAUGAACAAGCUGAAAUGUGUGGAGCGGAAUGAAGUGCGAAACGUCUUCAAGGAGCUCCAGAUCAUGCAGAACCUGGAGCACCCAUUUCUGGUCAACUUCUGGUACUCAUUUCAGGAUGAGGAGGAUAUGUUUAUGGUGGUGGACCUGCUGCUGGGAGGUGACCUGCGCUACCAUCUGCAGCAGAACGUCCACUUUUCUGAAAGCACUGUUAAACUCUACAUCUGCGAACUGGCUCUUGCACUGCACUACCUAAGCAACAAACGCAUCAUCCACAGAGACAUCAAGCCAGACAACAUCUUACUGGAUGAACACGGCCAUGCUCAUCUGACAGACUUCAACAUCGCUGCUAUCGUAAAGGACGACUUAAAAGCCACUUCCAUCGCUGGGACAAAGCCAUACAUGGCUCCGGAGCUUUUCCAGCCGGUGGAGGGAACGCAUCCAGGCUACUCGUUUGCAGUGGACUGGUGGUCUUUGGGCAUAACUGCUUACGAGUUGCUCAGAGGACAGAGGCCUUACAUAAUGCGCUCCAGCACACCGGCCAGUGAGAUCCUGCAGUCCUUCCAUAAAGUCCACCCCUACUACCCAGCCGCCUGGUCUGCAGAGAUCAAGACUCUGCUGAGAAAGCUAUUGUGUAUUGAUGCCCAGAAGCGUGUCUCCUCCCUCUCUGAGCUGCAGGACAUGGACUACCUCUCUGACGUCAACUGGGACGCUGUGCUAAACAAACAGGUCCCACCAGGAUUCAUCCCUAAUAGGCGGAGACUAAACUGUGACCCGACGUUUGAGCUGGAGGAGAUGAUCCUGGAAUCUAAGCCUCUGCACAAGAAGAAGAAGAGACUGGCGAGGAAAACCAGGGAGAACGGCGGCUCUGACAGGUCUCCACAGAACGGUCAGCUCCAGCAGCGCUUGGACAACGUGCAGAGAGACUUCAUCGUUUUCAACAGAGAAAAGUUGAGGAAAACCAAAGCAGACGCUGAAGGCAAUGACCUUAUCACAAAAGAGGCAAACCAAGCCAUCGAGGACGGACAGAACAACAACGUGACUGGUGCGCCGUGUUUAUCGGGGUAGAGCUUUUGGCUAGAAGGACCACAGAGAGGUCGGGGCGGUUCCUCCGCUUAAAGCUCAUCAGCUCAGGCUUAUCCAGACUGCACUGAAGAGGUGCAGCUACAAGCAAAGAGGCU